CAUCAUCAAUCAUUUCUUUGCACUCGCCGGCGUCCGUUUCGAACGCGGAUGGCACCGGCGGCGGCGAGGUAUUUGUUUCUAGCAUCGCUUCUGCCUCGCUAAUUGCCGCUAAAACCGAGUCUAGAAAUGGCUUGGCACGUCUCUCUAGCGUGGUUAGUAGCAGUGUCCUGCUUCGCGGCCACGGGUGAGCCUGUCAGACUACCGCAGUUCGUGGCGCCAACCGGUGUAGAACAAGGCGAACGUCAGUACAAAUCCGUGCUGGCGAAGAUACCCGAGUACGGCGCGUGCUGGAGUGAAGCGGUCGCACGGCUGGAACGGGGCUGUGACGAGCUCACCGAGGAGUUGCAGGGUCGGCUUGCACUGGCCUUCACAAGCUGCUUCCUGGAGAAGAUGGGCCAGCCGCCGAUUCGGUGUCCCGACUCUCAGCCACUGUCGCGCUGCCCAGCUCUGGCCCAAUUCCUCGAAAAGCCUCUGGCCACCUCGUACACCCAGUUCUUCACCCACACGCAGGUGAUAUGCGCAUUCCUGCGCAGCCGUAAAUGGCAGGCGGAGGCGGCACGCACCAUCACCGAGCUGGGUGCGUCCAGCGUGCGCGCCACAGCCGAGCUGAGACGCGCGGCCGAAACCCAGGCGCAGCUGGUGCGGCGGCAGCAGCAGAUGUUUGCUAACACUGAGCACCUCAGGCAGGAGCUGGUCAGCGCACACUCAACGCUCCGCGAGCACCGGGAGAUGCUGGACACGAGCCUGCUUCGCCUGUCCUACGUGCAGGCAUUCUUUGUGGACCAGUUUGCGACGCUGCACUCGCUGGGAUACUACGCCAUCGCGGUGGUCCUGGCCUUCCUCAUGACGGCCUCCAAGCGCACGGCUGGUGCCCGCCCCUGGCUGCUCCUGCUCUUCCUGGUUAAUCUGCUGGCUGAGCGGUUGAUUGUCAAGUGGGCCUCGCUGGACGCUAUUGACCGGUCUGCGCCACUGGCGUCGGAUAGCCCCUUGGGCGUUCACAUUGGUCUGUGCCGCCGCCUCGUCUCCCUGUUGGCCCUGUGCGUAUACCUGUAUCAGCUGUACACGUUCCGUGACUUGGCCACGCUCAACAAUCAGUUGCUGCUGGACCUGCAGGCCGAAAUGCGAAACCUGCGCACUUCCCAAUCACCCUUGGGUAGCCCCCGGCAGGAGCAGGACCCCCGAACUGCCACCAUGUGGAGACCACCCGAGGAAAGUGCGUUUCGCUGGUUUCCGCUGAGCGGUGCCGCUGCUGCCUGCUUAUUCACGAACCACACAGAAAGAGACUCGUCAGACUCGUCAACAGAAUCAUCAGAAUCGGAGGAGUCCGAUGCUGGCAUGUGGUCCCUCGACGAUUGGGACGACGACGAUGACGACGAUGGCAAUGACAGCAGCGAUGAGUAUGUCCGCUUCAGUGAUGACUGCAACAGUCGUGUGACUAAUAGUCCAACUGCGGAACCAGAAACCAAGGACAGUGCUAGCCCAAAUACCGAGCGGGACUCAAAUGCACAGCCGAACAGGGUGGCCAGCAGUGCGACCUAUGCAGCACAGUCGGAACGGGGGAGCCCAUCAAUGCUUGCGACCCUGGCCACAUCAUUGGCACGGGCGACGCGACCAUGGUCAGUGGCAUCGCCCGAAUCGACUGCGGUGCCUAGCGGCGGCCGCUACAACCUCCGGCCGCGGCGGUCGCUCAAUUCGUCCAGCGACCUGCUACCGCCGCCACCCUCCGGGUCACCGAGUCGACGACGACGACGGGACUUGGCUCUCCCCAGUCAAGCCGUCGAACGGGCCGCCAUCCUUUCGUCGGACGAAGAUUAAAUUGACGAGUUGUGCUGUGCCUUGUGCUUUAAGUUGGCUUCUCUGCUGGACAGCAGCGGUGCGCGGACAAACAUUGUCAAGCCCUUCAAAGCGAGGGAUCCUGUGCUCAACUAGUGUGUUCAUAUUGUGUGGCGCGUUUUGUCUGCAGAGAAGCUGACCUAAAGAAUACGCAGCUCGCCCGUGUCUAGCGCGUGUUUCAAUUUUCCGCCCGGUUCGAGAAGCGCUGUGGGUACAUGGUGGUUCGAAUUCUUCCAUACGACGAACAUUUCACUCAGACCUCAGCGAAGGAAUUUUGUUGCUUUUAUCAAUAUUGUGACAAGGGGUUGGCUCACGUAUACCAAGUUGGGGCAAUGUACCCUCUGUCCGCACGCAUCUCAGACUAAAUCGGUACUGAAGAAACCGUCGGAGGGUGAGGGGAAGCCUACACCGACUCCCAGUUUUAACCAUUGGCACAAAAGCAAACUUCUACGUAUAGUUUUGUACAUCAUCUUAUAUAACUGAA